AUCCAUCAAAGCCAGAAGAACCUUUUUGCCUCCCUGUCUUCGCCUCAAUUUCUCUAUCUAUCUAUCUAUAUAUAUAUAUAUAUAUCUAUAUAUAUGUAUAUCCAGAUCAAUUUUUGUGUCUAAAUAUAUAUUUGGAGCUCGGUCCCUGAUUGGCAUAACAAAUCAUACGCCUUUGGGUCUUGUUUGUUUCGGAACUAAUUAGAAGAUCCUUUCUCUUUUGGGUUUUUGUUUCGGAUUCUCAGAAAAUCUUUGGAAGAUGGUUUGUUUGGUUUCUCGCACGGGAAGAGAGUUGCAAAGGUACAACAACUCGGGUUGCCGCCAAGUUGUCGGAUGCAUACCUUAUAGAUACAAAAGUGGCUGUGAUGGGAACAUGAGCAAUGAAUUGGAAGUCCUUGUGAUCAGUUCACAGAAAGGCCAAGGAUUGACGUUCCCCAAGGGUGGUUGGGAACUUGACGAAUCAACAAUGGAAGAAGCAGCUUCACGAGAGUCACUUGAAGAAGCCGGGGUUCUUGGCAACAUCGAGUGUGAAUUGGGAAAAUGGAGCUUCAUGAGCAAACGCCAUGGCACAUGUUAUGAAGGCUACAUGUUCCCUUUAUUAGUGAAGGAGCAACUUGAUCCAUGGCCGGAGAAGAAUGUACGCCGGAGACUAUGGAUGGCAGCAGCCGAAGCCAGAGAAGUUUGUCAGCAUUGGUGGAUGAAGGAAGCCUUGGACAUAUUUGUUGAACGGCAGCAACAGAAGGCAGUUAUUUCGCCUGUUUUCUGACUCUUGGACAACAACAUUGAAUUGUUUUGUACAUAGAUCGAACAGUCCUUGCAGCCACAUAUUAAUUUGUCUUUUAAUCUUCAAAAACCAGAACGUGGGACGGCUGAUUAAGAACAUAUAUAACUAGCUAGGCCGACAAGGGUUGUACGUACGUAGUUAAAACAAAGUGUUGAUUACAAUUACUUCUUCUUCUUCUUCUUCUUCUUCUUCUUUAUUUCAUUUUUUAACGAGCAAAUCCUAUACAAGAUGUACAUGUUCAAAUUAACCUUUUGAACUACUAUAUGCUUUUGGCAAA